AUGUCAAUCUACUUCAUAAGCAGGAUACUGCAAGGAGCAGAAGCAAACUACCCAGAGAUGGAGAAGCUUGUGUUAGCACUUGUUCACGCAACAAGAAGACUACGCAGGUACUUCCAAGGGCAUCCAAUUGUGGUACUCUCAGAUAAACCGCUGAGACAAAUUUUAACAAAACCAGAAAAAUCCGGAAGAACGGCAAAAUGGGCAAUCGAGCUAGGAGCAUAUGAUAUCGAGUAUAGGGCAAGUUCAGAAGGCUGCGGGGCCGGAAUACGCCUAGUAAGCCCAGACAAGCAAGAAUACACAUAUGCCCUAAGAUUCGAGUUCGAAACAACGAACAAUGAAGCAGAAUACGAGGCAUUGAUAGCAGGAUUGGACCUGGCCAAAGACAUGAAAAUCAGAAGUAUCAAAGCUUUCGUGGACUCCCAGCUCGUAGCCAACCAAGUAAAAGGUGAAUACGAAGCCAAGGGAGAGAUCAUAAGGCUAUAUUUGGGAAAAACAAAGGAAUUAAUCGUGCAAUUUGAAAGCUUCGACAUCGAGCACAUACGAAGAAAUCAAAACAAAAAAGUCGAUGCUCUAAGCAAGCUAGCCUCGUUAACAUUUGAACACCUGGGGAAGAAAGUACUAAUAGAGGUCCUGAAAGAAAGAUCCAUAUACGAAAAGCGGGUGCAUGAUUUAGUUAAAGAAGAAGGAAAAAACUGGAUGACACCGAUAAUUGAAUAUUUGGUGAGCGGAAUAUUGCCAGAAGAUGAAAGUGAAGCAAGAAAAAUAAGAAUCAAAGCUCCACAAUACAAGUUGAUGGAGGGGAACCUUUACAAGAAGGCAUUUUUGACCCCAUGGCUACGCUGUGUGGGACCCAAACAGGCAGAAACAAAAUUUUUUGAAAUUCAUGAAGGAAUCUGCGGACUACACGCAGGACCCAGGUCAGUGGCGACAAAAGCGCUACGCCUAGGGUAUUUUUGGCCAUCAAUGCACAGAGAUGCAGCCAAGCUUUUGCAAAGUUGUGAAGCAUGUCAACUGCACGUAAACGUCCCUAGGCUACCAAAGCAAGAUAUGACAUCGGUAACAUCUGCAUGGCCAUUUACAAAGUAG